AUGUCCCCUUCCACCGCCUUUUUAGGCCUCCUAUGUGCAGUCGGUGCUUUGGCAGUUGAGCUGCGUAUCAUGCCUGUCGGAGAUUCUAUCACACACGGAUAUCAAGGAGGCUCCGUAAACGCCGAUGGAAAUGGGUACAGACUACAGCUAUGGAACGACAUUGCGAAUGAUAACGACGUAACAAAAUACCACAUCGUUGGGAGCCAAGUUUCCGGGGCCCUUCCAGAUCCAUACAACGAAGGGUACAACGGCGCACUUAUUUCUGAGAUUGCGACGAAUAUUAACAGCUCGCUUUCGGGCAUGCGCCCCAAUGUUGUUCUUAUUCAUGCUGGCACGAAUGAUAUGAACAGGCCUAUGGAUCCGGAUACCGCGCCAGACCGACUCGGCGACCUUAUCGAUGAGGUGGUGGCCGUGUGUCCAGAUGCAGCGGUCCUGGUGGCAGAGAUUAUCGUCAUCGCGGACUCGACUUCAAAUUCACGUCGGGAAACAUAUAACGCUGCUAUUCCAGAUAUUGUGUCGGCGCGGGCCAAUGCUGGGAAACAAGUGAUGCUAGUCGACAUGAGCAACCUGCUUACACCGGACGAUCUGAUAGAUGGUCUUCAUCCCCUCGAUCAGGGCUAUAUCAAAAUGGGCGACGCGUGGUUUUCAGCAAUCAAAACUGCGUCUCAGAACGGUUGGAUAAAAACUCCUGUGCCUUUGUCAGGCUCCUCGUCUGGCAAAGGUUGCUCGUCGGCUCCAACAUUUUACCCGCGCAACCAGAUUGCGAGUGGCACUGGCUCUUCGAAUGUUGUUUUUGCUGAUAUAGACGGUGACGGGAAGGACGAUUAUCUCAUCCUUGGCGAUGGAGGAUCAGUGUCAGCCUAUAUAAACGGGGGCUCGGAUGUUGGUGGGAAUCAAAUAUGGUAUCCACAAAACCAAAUCGCCAGUGGAGUUGCGCCAGAUGCCUCCAAGGUACGAUUUGGAGAUAUAACAGGUGACGGCCGAGCCGAUUAUCUCGUCGUCAACGACGAUGGAUCUGUGGAUUGCUGGAAAAACGCUGGCUCAAACGAUAGUCAGUAUCCAGGACGAGUUACGUGGAUUCCACAGGACCAAAUAGCUGGAUCUGGAAUGGGGAAUGAUGGUGCUGGUGUCGUCUUUGCCGAUCUUGACGGUGACGGUCGUGACGACUAUUUGUGGGUGUCCGAUACAGGGGCACUGACUGUAUAUCUGAACGGAGCUGGUGACAAGCCCGAUUGGAAAUCUCAAGGAGUUGUGGCGUCAGGAGUAGGCGCUUCCAGGUCCGAAGUUGUCUUUGCCGAUAUGAAUGGCGAUGGUCGAGCUGAUUACCUUUGGGUUGGUGCUGAUAGUGGUUCAGUAAAGGUCUGGUUGAAUACAGCAAAUGACAGUGGAGAGAUCGUAUGGGUUGAAUGGGGCGAAGUUGCUUCCGGCGUCGGUAUUGGGGGCUCGGAUAUUCGGUUUGGAGAUAUCACUGGUAGCAACAGAGACGAUUAUCUGGCGAUAGAGAAUUCCAAUGGAGCGAUAAACUUGUGGGAGAACCUCUGUCCAGUCGCUUCAGAGUGA